GACAUCCACCUCACACUGACUGACACACAUAAAAGGGAUUUCGACACAGGCACUGACUGCCAAUCAGUGUUGCUGUGUCUAGAUACAGAGGAACAGCUGAUUCUUGCAGUUGUGCAGCUGCUGCUCCUCCUAGUCUGUGUUCGGGGUACAGAGUGAAAGACAAGAAGAACAAAAAGAGGAACAGGAAAACAAGAAGAACGAAGUAGAGCCAUGCCGCAGAACGUGCUGCUGGAAGGGCCUGCCCCAUGGGGAUUUAGACUUUGUGGUGGCAAAGAUUUCAACCAACCUCUAACCAUCAGCAGGGUGACUCCGGGCAGUAAGGCUGCGCUGGUCAACCUGUGUCCAGGAGACGUCAUCCUGGCUAUUGAAGGAGUCCCAACAGAGGGAAUGACUCACGCUGAGGCUCAGAACAGGAUUAAAGACUCCAGUAAUCAGCUUUGCCUUAAAAUAGAGAGGCCUCAAACUAAACUCUGGUCUCCACAAGUCAUGGAAGAGGGCAAAGCACAUCCAUUCAAAGUCAAUCUGGAAGCAGAGCAACAAGACCUUGGCUAUUUUGAACACCAGUUUAAUGUCAGGCCAAAGCCCUUCAUACCUGGGGGUCAGCGCAGAGAUAACACAUCCCAGAGGGUGACACCGAAUGUAGUGCAGGGAACUGCACCAGUUACUAAUCGCAGUCAGGCUGAAGCCCUGGCACGUACCACUCAGUAUAACUCCCCCAUUAACAUGUAUUCAGAUGCCAGUCUAUCAGAAGCUCUACAGCACACUCAGUUAUCUGCUGUAGCUGAUAAACCAGCAACCAGCAGAAAACCCCUCAAGUCUAUUGAGGACUCUGAUGUGUACCGAAUGUUGCAAGAGGACCAUGAAACUGCUCAUGCACCUCGCCAGUCCGGCUCCUUCAAGGCCCUGCAGGACUACAUAGAUAGUGAUGGUACAAAGCCUAUAGUAACCAGAAGUGUCAAAGCUCCAGUGACGAAGCCCCAAGCAGGCCCCGCCACACUACAGAAACUGCCUCUGUGUGACAAAUGUGGCAAUGGCAUAGUAGGUACUGUGGUCAAAGCCCGCGACAAGUUCCGGCACCCUGCCUGCUUUGUAUGCUCUGACUGCGGUUUAAACCUGAAGCAGAAAGGAUACUUCUUUGUGGAGGGACAGCUGUAUUGUGAGAAUCAUGCUCGAACCCGAAUGAGACCUCCAGAGGGACAUGACCUGGUCACCGUGUACCCUAAUGCUUAAAAGACACCACUGCUCCAGUCUUCACUGCCUAUUGGUCCUGCAAUCCAUUGAAGCAUGUAGGAAUGUUUGCUUCUUGUUGAAACUUGGUCUGGCAUGUCUGCUCUGAGGGAAAUAUUUAUGUUUUGUUACUAGAUGGGACUCUUUUACGCCAAAGAGAACCCUUGCUUGAGAGUUUCAGUGCCUUAGAUAGGCACAAAAUGAGAGAGAGCAAAAGAUCGAACAUACUUUAGCCUCAUUUCUGUAGUGUUGAGUACAGAGUUAAGUACAGUAGUGUUGAGUUGUUGAGUUAGAAUUGCAAAACCUAUUCUUUCAGGUGUAACCUUUUGAUUCUUUUAAAAUGACAUUGUUUUCCAUCAAAUAUGCACAUCAUAUUUAUUUGUUUCAGAUUUUUUACUUAACUAACUAAACUAACUCAGUUCUUAACAUUGACAAAUUAAUGCAAUUGCCAAUGUAAGAAAAGCCAAAAAACUGCAAUGUCUUGAAAAAAACUAAGUAAAAAGUUUUUUAAAAGGAUAGACAAUUUGUAUACAGGUUAAGAUAGUAGGGAUAUCAAUAAUAUUAAUUCUUUCAAAGACAUUGCAAUUUGUUUUUACCAAUUCCUAGAAAUCAAUAUACCUGUACACAGCAGAGGUCGGUGGCCGGCCCUCAAAUAGGUUGUUUAGCUACUAGGCCUGCUGCACUACUUAGCUCUUUCCACAGGGUGGUAUUUCAGCUUUAAUAUGUUGUAAUUAAAAAACGUUUACAAAGUCA